UUUCUUAAUAUUGUGGUUCAUGUCCCAUUUAAGGGAAUCCAAAUGAGGAGCUCUGUAACUACAACUCCUACAUCUAAGCCUCCACAUGCAUGCAAAUUGAGAUGCAGUCACAUCAUACUGAGAUGGGAAGCUGCAAAAAGCAGAACUGGCUUUAUCAGUCGCUGCUUAGUCCACUGUCUUGUCUGGUGCGACACAUCUGGACAGCAACUGCCCACAACCCAAGUUGGGCAACUCUUCAGCACUAAAAUUAAGAACAUAUUUAGAAGAUCUUCCCACAGCGCCAAACCAACUCUGCUAAUCUGGGACAAGAAAAGGAACAGGCAAUGACAAAGGGCAUUUGCUUCCUUCCUUCAAGUGCAAAUUGACUCAUCCACUGCUCUGCAACCUAAACUAUGUUCAGCUACAAGAUGGAGGGACUCCCAGGUCUUCUGUUAAGGCUGAUGCUGACAGGUCUUCUGGUGUCUGCCAAUACUUUCUCACCUUCAACACAUGGAAUUCCAUUCUUCAAAAAGCCUAGCAAGCCAGGAAGACUGGAAGAGGAGAUGAAGGUGCAAGGAGAGUCCCUCAGCAUAAAGGGCUUCUGUUCACAGCAAACGAAAGUCUGGUGCAAAGGAGAUCUGCUGAAGGAAUGUAACCCUACGGAGUCUCCUAGCCUCUCAGGCCCAGGGUGGAAAUAUCUGACUACUAAGCCAAACCAGAGGGUUGUACUACAGGAUCUGAAAAACGGCUGUUUUUCUUUUUUCAUGUCAGCUCUCCAAGUUGAAGAUUCAGGGAUAUACUUGUUUGGGGUCACUGAUGGCUUGAAUAUUGCCCCUUUAAGAAAAAUCAAUGUCAUUGUUCAAAAAGGCCUUCUUGCACCUACCAAUACUUUCUCACCUCCAACAUCCAAGGUUGCAUUUCUCAAAAGCCCUAGUAAGCCAGGAAAGAGACUAGAAGUGGUGAUGAAGGUGCAAGGAGAGUCCCUCAGCAUAGAGGGCUUCUGUUCACCGCAAUAUUUGCAACAAGAGGGAGUCUGGUGCAAAGGAGAUCUGCUGAAAGAAUGUAACCCUACAGAGCCUUCUAGCCUCUCAGGCCUAGGAUGGAAGUAUCUCACUUCUGAACCAAGCCAGAAAUUUGUACUACAGGAUCUGGGAAAUGGCUGUGCUGCUUUUUUCACAUCAGCUCUCCAAGUAGAAGAUUCGGUAUACUGGUUUGGGGUUCCUGAUGGCCUGAACAUCACCCCUUUAAGAAAAAUCAAAGUCAUUGUUCAAAAAGGGCAGCAAAAUUAUGGGACCGCGACAGAAACCAGUGAAAAUGAACAAAGGUACCAACAUUAUAUUAUUUUUAAUUUAAAGGCAUCUGGAUUAGCGAUUUGUGUUUGCUACAGUAUCUAUUACUCCCACCGUUCUAUACUGCAUUGCAUUUGGGUCCAAACAAAUUAUGUGAACAAGGAGGCAAUUACUGUAUCACUUUACCACAUUGUCUUAGUACUGGUUUCCAUUGCGGUUGGCAUAACAAUUAUUGCAGCCCUCAUAUUGGUUGUCACAAUGCUCAUCAAGAAGAAAACAAGAGCAGCAGAUGACCUGAAUUUUGGUGAUAACCCAAACUGUAGAAUAAUAACAUUCCAGAUACAUGAAAGCACUGCUACCGACAAUCCUUUGGACAAAGAAACAAACGCAGUAUACGCCAUAUUGAAGAAGCCAAAGUCAAUGACAGAGGAUGUGACAUACGUCAACACAAAGUUCCCACUAAGGUCAAGUUUCAUCAAACAUCCCAGUGAGCUUUCCUCUCCAGGAGAGUGCUCUCCUGGUGUGAUCUCUUCAGGAUCUGUGAAGUAUGCAAAUAUCAUCUUUGGUUCACAGGUUCCACAUAUCAAGGACUAAAGACAAACUAGAUAUACUUGUAUGAGUUCUAGAUCUCUGAUUGUGAAAUUUAAUUCUGAAACAAAGGUGGAAGUUGCAUUUGGCUGAGAAUU